CUCCCCCCACCCUGUCUCUCCCUCCCUCCUUCCCUCCCUCCCUCUCUCCCUCCCUCCCUCCUUCCUUCUCUUACUCGGAGACAGUCAGAACUCUCCUCCCUGACAGCCACAAACCUACAACACUGACUGCCUUCAGAGCGAGAACCUGCAAACAAAACUUCACAGAAAACUUUUUGCUCUUGUUCCAGAGAAUUUGCUGAAGAGGAGAAGAAAAAAAAAAAAAAAAAAAAAAACAAAAAAAAAAAAAAAAGUCUUAAAAAAAAAAAAAAAAAAAAAAAACCCUGUGCGUGAGGGGGGAGGAAAAGCGAGGCCUUUUAAAGAGGCAAUCACAACAACUUUUGCUGCCAGGAUGCCCUUGCUCUGGCUGCGAGGAUUUCUGUGGGCAAGUUGCUGGAUUAUAGUGAGGAGCUCCCCCACCCCGGGAUCUGAGGGGCACAGCGCAGCCCCCAACUGUCCUUCCUGCGCGCUGGCCACCCUCCCAAAGGAUGUACCCCACUCUCAGCCAGAGAUGGUGGAAGCCGUUAAGAAGCACAUCUUAAACAUGCUGCACUUGAAGAAGAGACCCGAUGUCACCCAGCCGGUGCCCAAGGCGGCGCUUCUGAACGCGAUCAGAAAGCUUCAUGUGGGCAAAGUGGGGGAGAACGGGUACGUGGAAAUAGAAGACGACAUCGGCAGGAGGGCAGAAAUGAAUGAACUGCUGGAGCAGACCUCGGAGAUCAUCACGUUCGCAGAAUCAGGCACAGCCAGAAAGACGCUGCACUUUGAGAUUUCCAAGGAAGGCAGUGACCUGUCUGUGGUGGAGCGUGCAGAAGUGUGGCUCUUCCUGAAAGUCCCGAAGGCCAACAGGACGAGGACCAAAGUCACCAUCCGUCUCUUCCAGCAGCAGAAACACCCACAGGGAAGCUUGGACGCGGGCGAUGAGGCCGAGGAAGUGGGCUUAAAGGGGGAAAGGAGUGAACAGUUGCUCUCGGAGAAGGUGGUGGAUGCACGGAAGAGCACCUGGCACAUCUUUCCUGUCUCCAGCAGCAUCCAGAGGCUGCUGGAUCAGGGCAAGACUUCCCUGGACAUGCGGAUUGCCUGUGAGCAGUGCCAGGAGAGUGGGGCCAGCCUGGUGCUCCUGGGCAAGAAGAAGAAGAAAGACGAGGAGGGGGACGGGAAAAAGAAGGAUGGAGGUGAAGGUACGGCGGAGGAGGAGAAGGAGCAGUCACACAGACCUUUUCUCAUGCUGCAAGCCCGGCAGUCUGAAGAUCACCCUCACCGCAGGCGCCGGCGGGGCUUGGAGUGCGACGGCAAGGUGAAUAUCUGCUGUAAGAAACAAUUCUUUGUCAGCUUCAAAGACAUUGGUUGGAAUGACUGGAUCAUCGCACCCUCCGGCUACCAUGCUAACUACUGUGAGGGUGAGUGCCCCAGCCACAUAGCAGGCACAUCGGGGUCCUCGCUUUCCUUCCACUCGACGGUCAUCAACCACUACCGCAUGCGGGGUCACAGCCCCUUUGCUAACCUCAAGUCGUGCUGUGUGCCCACCAAGCUCAGACCUAUGUCGAUGCUGUACUAUGAUGACGGCCAGAACAUCAUCAAAAAAGACAUUCAGAACAUGAUCGUGGAGGAGUGUGGGUGCUCCUAGAGUUACCCCGCCUGGGGGGGAGGGGAACUAGAGUUGCCGGGCGAAGACAGUGGCGGCAAAAAUGAAGAUUUUUUUUUUUUUUUUUAAGGUUUCUGAGUUAAGCAACCAGAAAAAAAUAGAAAUUUUGAAAAAAAUUAAAAAAAAAAACAACAAAAAAAAACCACAAAAACGAAACUAAAAACAGAACCUAUGACACAGAUGAAGGAAGAUAUGGAAAAAAAAAAAUCCUUAGCCAGGGCUCAGAGAUGAAGCAGUGAAGGAGACAGGAGUUGGGAGGGACAGGGAGAAAGGGGUACCCUUCUUUUCUUCCAAAAUCAAACUGAUGCCAUCAGUUGUUUAAAUGGGGUAUUGUCCUCUCCCCCCACCCCCCACCACCCCGCUGCGGUUCCCUGGAGAACCUCAAAAUCAAUUUGUCUAGUCUGUGUUCAUGUAGACUAGCACAACCCAAAUAACGUCUAGAAAGCCAUGAGUUUAAAAGGGCCAGUCCCACCCAAUCACCCAGGUCAUCAGUAUGUCUGUGUGACACUAUCUCUGUGUAUAUCAGCAGACACGCGCAUACACAUACAGGCAUUUGCACACGCAACCUACAUGCACAUACUGGUAAAAGAACAAUCAGAGUGCAGGCAGUCAAACUUUCUUUUUCUGCACCACGAUUGCAACAAGACAAAGCAAAACCAACAUAAAAAAAAAAAAAA